CGACCAGCAGCGAAGAUGAGGAGCAUUCUUGCGUCAUCUGCUCCCAAUUCAUCAAGGAGGAGGCCAGUACCGGCAAACAAGAGCCGCAAAACGGAAAACGCCGAAGUCACGCUGGAAAACGUUUUCAAGGUACUCCGGCGCUCGACUCAACCGGCCCAUUUGCUCAUCUUGUCGGCCGUCAUAGCCUUGGCUAUGCUAUUUUACCCUCGUAGUAAAUCGAGCUUGGUUGUAAUCCAACCGACGGCCGACUCUACACUGUGGCCGCUUCUCUAUCUCUCCUCAUUCAGCAUCUUGUUCGGCGCCCAAAUGUGGAUGACAUUCGUUUCAGGCCUGGUUCUGCUCUUCAUUCUGCCGCGUCACACGUUUGCCUGCGUCCAGAGCGCUCUCUUACCGAAGUAUACAUGAUUCUCAACGGAGUGACUGGGCUGGCCGUCCUCAUUAGUUUCGUCCAGACCAAGAAAUUCUGGUCGUCACAAGAAAAUUACCAGGUUGUGGGCUUGAUUGUCAACUGCUUGUGCCCGCUGAUUGCCCGCAUCAUCGUCGUGCCGAGUUUGCUUGAGCGCAUUCGAGCCAAAGUGAUUCUGGAGCGGGCCGCCGGACACGGGCCGGAAGCCGGGCCGAGGCUGCCGUCGACGACGGACGCCCUGCUCAAACAGUGCCCCACUUACAGCCGAACGUGCCAACGUUUUCGCCAGCUCCACGCCAUCGUGGCCGUCGUCAACAUCGUCACCCUCGCCUGUAACGCCUUCCACUUGUACUAUCUCGCCUCUAAAAUCUCUUUCCAUCACUAACAACUCGAUUUUAACCAAAUUUAAA